AUGUCAACUUCUCAAUUUUUGGAAGAAAUCUCGGAUAUUGAGAGGAGCACAGAUUUUAUUAAAGCCAACAUUGGACGUAUUCAGGAGUUACAAAAGCAAAUAUUGGGGAGCACCUCGUCGGAUCAAGAAAGUAAUUAUGAAAAUGAACGCAAUUCGCUUAUGGUCUACACCAAGGAUCUGUUAUUUAAAACAAAAGACCGUAUUAAGAGGAUUGAAUAUGAAAACGUCCGAUUACCGCCAACCGAUCCAAACCUCAUCCUCCGAAAGCAGAGGCAUGAAUUUUUACGUGAAAAAUUUACCAACAUCCUUGAAGAAUAUCGUGGUGCUGAGGAUGCCUACAUGAGGCAACAAAAGGAACGUAUGGGUCGUCAGUAUAGAGUC